CUAUUUCACUACGAUAUUGUGCAAAUUUUCGGUGAAAAAUUGCUAUACUUGUGAAAAUGAGCCACCAUACGGGCCCCAUGGUGCAGGUAACAACGCCACAUUCGACGCCAAUGACCUGUCCCAGUUGUGGUGCAACUAUUUGUACGACAGUUGAAUAUCGGCCGAGUGUGAAGACACACAUAAUCGGUUUGUUGCUCUGCCUUAUGUGUUGCUGGCCUUGCGUGUGCGUACCCUACUGUAUGAAGUCCUGUCAGAGUGCCAAUCACUAUUGUCCCAAUUGUGACGUAUACAUUGGCUCAUACAGAAAUUAACUGUAAUAAACAAAGCGAAAACUAACAAGCUAAAGCAUUACCUAGCACAAAAUGAAGCAUUAUCUUUCCAAAAAUUAGCACCAAAACGUCGAAUUGACAAAAAAGGGUUCGGAAUUGAAUGCUUUUUCGCGCAAAUAAAAAGAUAAA